CAGCUCGAUAGCCAUUAAAGAGUGGAUCGUCUGACAUGCCGAAAAAGAAGAUGGAGGGUUUCGGCUGGUGUUGGAUGGUCAUCUGUCUCCUACUGUGCACUCCCACUGAUAUCUUUGUUGUGGCUAGCCCAGAGGUGAACGAGACCCAGGAGCACGUACCGGUGAAUGUCUACCACGACACAGACGUCACCAGGAAAAAGAUUGUGACCGCCCAGUUUGAGUGCUACCAGAAAAUCAUGAAGGAUAACGACCACAACAAAAUAGGGCCAGUGUGUAACCGGACUUGGGAUGGGUGGCUGUGCUGGGACGACACAGAGGCAGGCUUCACUUCAGAACAGUACUGCCCUGACUACUUCCAGGACUUUGACCCCUCAGAAUUGGUGACAAAAAUAUGCAGUGACAACGGCCACUGGUUUCUGCAUCCUGAGAGCAACCGAACAUGGACCAACUACACACGAUGCAACGAGCAUACUAAUGAAGGCAGAAUGACUGCCAUGAAUUUAUUCUACUUGGCCCUCAUCGGUCAUGGCUUGUCACUGACAUCCCUAUUAAUUUCCCUGGGAAUAUUUUUCUAUUUCAAGAGUUUAAGUUGUCAACGAAUCACUCUCCACAAAAACCUCUUCUUCUCCUUUGUAUUGAACUCGGUCAUUACCAUCAUCUGGCUGACCGCUGUGGCGAAUAACCAGGAGCUGGUACAAAGAAACCCUACGAGCUGUAAAGUGUCCCAGUUUAUCCAUCUUUAUCUUUUUGGUUGCAACUAUUUCUGGAUGCUUUGUGAAGGGAUAUACCUGCACACCCUCAUCGUUGUUGCUGUGUUUGCUGAGAAACAGCACUUGAUGUGGUACUAUCUUCUCGGCUGGGGCUUUCCUCUAAUUCCAGCAUCUAUACAUGCAAUCGCUCGCAGUUACUACUACAAUGACAAUUGUUGGAUAAGCUCCAACACUUCACUCCUCUACAUAAUCCAUGGGCCCAUCUGCGCUGCUCUGUUGGUGAACCUGUUCUUCCUGUUGAACAUUGUGCGUGUCCUGAUCACCAAGCUAAAGGUAACCCACCAGGCUGAGUCCAGUCUCUACAUGAAGGCGGUGCGUGCCACCCUGAUUCUGGUACCUCUCCUGGGGAUCCAGUACGUCCUGUUGCCCUACAAACCAGAGGGACGGGUUUCCUCUGAGAUCUAUGACUACAUCAUGCACAUCUUAAUGCAUUAUCAGGGUCUGCUGGUAGCCACCAUCUUCUGCUUCUUCAAUGGAGAGGUGCAAGGGGUUCUGAGGAGACAUUGGAACCAGUACCGUAUCCAGUUUGGAAGCACCUUCGCCCACUCAGAUGCCAUGCGGUCUGCCUCGUACACUGCUUCGUCCAUCACCGAGGUCCAGGGCUGCUACAGCAUCGACAGCCACACAGAACACUUGAACGGCAAGGGGGCCUGCCUCGACAUCGAGACCUCCAUCUUAAAAUCAGAGAACCCGUUCGCCUGAGGAUAGGAUGAUUCUUUUUCGGAAUGGUGGGGAAGGGGAGGCUGCAGUUUGUUACUAGGUUUACUGGGUUAACCGAGGGAGGGGAGAAAGAAGGGAUAAACAACAGAAACUUUCGGCCACUUGUAUACGCACUGAAACAAAAAAAAUAAACACAUUUUGCUACCUUUGAUUAACACAUUGAAAUGGGCACUUAAUCGUUUUAUCAGCUUAGUGAGAAUCACUUUUUGCCACCCUUUUUCAAGUAUCCAUGUAUGAAGCUUCUUUGCUGCUUUUCAGAGGAAGCCAAAUGUAUAUAUUCUGAUAAUUUAUCUUAAAGCAUUCAAGUGUUAGGCAGUCCUUUUAACAUGACUGUACAUAAAUGUAAGAAGGAGGUUUGACAAUCCAAAUGAAGAUAUUAUCAGUUCAUAAAGCCUGGGUGUUUGCCCAAAAGUAUUAUUUGUGACAUGCCAAACCAAGAACCGCCCUAGUCGGCUAUUUUUAUACACAACAAUCUAUGCCACUAAAAACUAGGCUCUCUGAGGCUAUUAUCUGUGUUUCUCUAGCUGAAUCUAAGCUCAAAUUAAGGGCAAAGUUACGCAGAUAUACAGUACAGUCCCUUGUUGGUAGUUAAUCACUUUUGAAAAGGUACAUGCUUUACCAUUAUCAACUAUUGUCAUUUAUGCCAAUAUCUGUCCUGUACAACUGAAUGUUACUUCAAUUAUGAAGUUUGGUUCUGGCACUGUUUUAAAUCUAUGGAAUAAAUAUUUAUAGGUUAAA